AUGAAGGCUUCGCAGUUAUUGUCCGCAGCCGGACUCGUGGCAUUUGCCCAGGCUUGGGAGACCGAUGUCAGCACCGUCUACACGACGGUCGUAACCACCGCUUACGAGACGUACUGCCCUUCGCCCACUACUUUCAUCCACCAGAAUGUCACUUACACGGCGACCACGGCAACCACCCUCACCAUCACAAACUGCCCCUGCACCAUCACCACUCACAAGCCGCCCCCGUACACCACGACCAAGACCAUCUACCCUCCGCCGGCGGGGAACACCACAGUGGUCCCCCCGCCAGUCUUCAGCACAACCACCAAGACGCCCAAGCCGUCCAAGCCGACGUACCACAACACCACCGUGGUCGAGCAUACCCCCAAGCCGCCCAAGACUACGGAGCACCCACCUCAUCCCAACGGGACCGUCACUCUCAAGCCGCCCAAGCCCAGCCACCACUCCAACCUCACCUCGACCGUCGUGGUCAUCGUCACGCCGCCCGCCGAGACGACCAUCGGCCACAUCACCCCCGUCACGCCCACCACUCCCGUCACUGAUCUCCCGACCAAGACGCCCGUCGGACCGUCAACCACUCGACCCAUCACCAUCCCAGGCAGCGGUGCUGGCGCCCUCACCGCGAGUGCCGGCGCCGCCGUCCUGGCCGGAAUUUUCGCACUACUCAUUUAA